AUGGCUACCAAAGUUUACAUUGUAUACUAUUCUACAUAUGGACACGUCGAGAAACUAGCUCAGGAGAUCAAAAAAGGAGCUGAAUCUGUUGAAGGAGUAGAGGCAAAACUAUGGCAGGUGCCGGAAACUCUGUCUGACGAGAUUCUUGGGAAGAUGAGUGCACCACCCAAGAGUGAUGUGCCGGUCAUUACUCCAAACGAACUCACCGAGGCCGAUGGAAUCAUAUUUGGUUUUCCGACCAGAUUCGGGAUGAUGGCUGCUCAAUUUAAGGCAUUUUUUGAUGCGACUGGAGGCCUAUGGAAGAGCCAGGCACUAGCAGGGAAGCCUGCUGGCAUCUUUUACAGCACUGCAUCACAAGGAGGUGGACAAGAAACUACCCCCUUAACAGCCAUUACCCAACUUGUCCAUCACGGUAUGAUUUUUGUGCCCAUUGGCUACACAUUUGGGGACGGCAUGUUCGAGAUGGAGAAUAUUAAGGGUGGCAGCCCAUACGGUGCUGGAACCUUUGCUGGAGAUGGUUCUAGACAGCCUACAGAACUUGAAUUGGGGCAAGCUUUUCACCAAGGAAAGCACACUGCAGCCAUUGCAAAGAAGCUAAAAGGAACUGCUUAA